GCUGAAGCAGCAGGCGGCCGAAUGGACGUUAAAAUUAAAUUGAUGCACAGCCUGUAUGUCACACUCCAGCCAAAGCGCUGGUAGCUUUAUAUGCUUUAAUCGGACAUUCACACCUUUUCUCCCCGUCGUUCACUGAUGGUGCAUUUCUUUCCUGAUAAAGGCGGUGUGCUGCGAUGCAUUUAACAUCAUUCACAUCCAGUGCAAGGGGCGCAUGUAGUCUUCCCUCUGUCAAUGAGAAAGUGCUCUCGCCUCGGGUGUGGGAUAUGCGCUUCUCCGCUCUUUUAUCCCGUAAAAAUCAGAUCCGCUUUUCGCAGGAGCUGUAUUAGUGAGUAGCUCUACUGGACGUGUCUUUUAUUUUCCCUUCGCACACAGCCUAAAGUUAGGACUUGAGACUUUCAGCGCCACUUUUCCGAGGACAGCGCUCGAAAUGAUUUGGGGAGAUUGACGGAGCCUCCAAACGAGUGUACAUUCCCGCUGGAUACUAUUGAGAAAGAAUGUUUAGACGCUUUUUUUGAAGCUCGGGAAAUCUUCUCUCUACAAAUUGAUGCGCCCAACAAGAUGCGAUUUUGCCGUGGAUAUGGGUCACUUCUUAUGAAAAGCUUCUUCGUGGACAGGAGAAAGGGGAAUUCACUCUGAAGACUGUGGACCUAAGCAGGCCUGAGGGCUCUGACAUAUACCAAAUCCCUGCCCAGGGGAACAGGGGAGAUUAAAAACUUCUGAUUGAGGUGGAGAGGAAACAGACACAGAGAGAGGGAAGGAGAGACAGAAAGAAAGCUUAUCGUUCACCUUUGUUCUUUUUAAUGCCCCAAGUGAAAGAUCUCCAUAGGCAUGUCUGUGAAUAACAGCAAACACAAGAGCAGCUGCCCACCACUGUGGUCAGAAGAUGGAGUGAGAGAGUGAGGGAGGAGACGAGAACAGGAUUACAUCCUGUGAAAGAGCCAAGCUCAUAUUCUACUUUAAUUGAAUGCCUGGGAGAAAGGAGAGGCAUGAGAGCAAGCCUUUUCAGUGCCAACUGCUUCAAGAGGUACUGCAAUUAACCCUCUGGCCAUCAUAAAGUAAUACCUGGCUUUUGCUGUUUUCCAAUUGCUGGGUUUGGUUGUACACUGUGGAUGUGUGCUUGGGCCGUGGUCAUGUUUCAACCCCUGGUGUGUAGACCGGAACGGACCGGCUCUCAAAGAAACGGCCUGAUUCCUCCUCUGUUGCUGCUGCUGCUGCUUCUUUACACCUCCCUUAAGCCCGCUCAGGCGGCCAAACCCAAAGGGCCAGGACACACACAUUUGAACUCUAUUCGCAUCGAUGGGGAUAUCUCCUUAGGUGGGCUCUUCCCAGUACACGCCAGAGGGCACGAUGGAAAGCCGUGUGGGGAGCUGAAGAAGGAGAAGGGCAUACAUAGACUGGAGGCCAUGCUCUUUGCCCUUGACCGCAUCAAUAAUGACAAUAAUCUACUGCCCAACAUCACACUGGGAGCACGAAUCCUGGACACCUGCUCAAGGGACACUCACGCCUUGGAGCAGUCUCUCACCUUCGUGCAGGCUCUGAUCGAGAAGGACGGCACAGAUGUCAAAUGUCUCGGUGGGGGGGCGCCCAUUAUCACCAAACCUGAGAGGGUUGUAGGUGUUAUUGGAGCCUCCUCCAGCUCUGUUUCCAUCAUGGUGGCCAAUAUAUUACGCCUGUUUAAGAUACCCCAGGUGAGCUAUGCCUCCACAGCUCCAGAGCUAAGUGACAACACCCGCUAUGACUUCUUCUCCCGAGUGGUGCCUCCUGAUACCUACCAGGCCCAGGCCAUGGUAGAUAUUGUGAAGUAUAUGCGCUGGAACUAUGUUUCCACAGUGGCCUCAGAGGGGAACUAUGGAGAGAGCGGCGUCGAUGCUUUCAUUCAGAAGUCUCGGGAGGAUGGCGGUGUGUGCAUCUCCCAGUCUGUCAAAAUUCCCCGGGAGCCCAAGCAAGGAGAGUUCGACAAGGUCAUCCGGCGACUCCGAGAAAAUCCAAAUGCCAGAGUCGUCAUACUUUUUGCCAAUGAAGAUGAUAUCAGGCGGCUGCUCCAUGCAGCAAAAAAGGCCAACCAGACAGGUCAUUUUAUCUGGGUGGGUUCAGACAGCUGGGGCUCAAAGAUCUCUCCGGUUGUGCAGCAGGAGGAGAUGGCAGAGGGAGCAGUCACCAUCUUGCCCAAGCGUCAGUCCAUCAGAGGGUUUGAUCGUUACUUCAUCAGUCGAACGCUGGAAAACAACAGAAGGAAUAUAUGGUUUGCUGAGUUCUGGGAGAACAACUUCAACUGCAAACUCAGCCGUCAUGCGGUGAAGAAAGGGUCCGGGCUCAAGAAGUGCACAAAUCAGGAGCGAAUCGGAAAGGACUCGCAAUAUGAGCAGGAAGGAAAGGUACAGUUUGUUAUUGAUGCCGUCUAUGCAAUGGCUCAUGCCUUGCACAACAUGCACAAGGAGCUGUGCCCGGGCAAGGUUGGUCUCUGCGCUAAAAUGGACCCCAUAAAUGGCACUCAUCUGCUGAAGCAUAUUCGUCGUCUCAACUUUUCAGGCAUAGCUGGCAACCCAGUGCUCUUCAAUGAAAACGGAGAUGCCCCUGGACGCUAUGAGAUCUACCAAUACCAGAUCAGAAACCGAACAGCCGAGUACAAAAUUAUUGGUCACUGGGCGGAUCAACUCCAUCUGAAUGUUCGUUCAAUGCAGUGGCCCGGUGGUGUCCGUCAGAUCCCUUUCUCAAUCUGCAGCCAGGCCUGUCGGCCUGGUGAGCGCAAGAAGAUUGUGAAGGGCAUCCCUUGCUGUUGGCACUGCGAACGCUGCGAUGGCUAUCAAUACCAGGCAGACACCUACACGUGUAAGAUGUGUCACUUUGAUUUGAGGCCCAAUGAGAAUCACACAGGCUGCGUUCCAAUCCCCAUUGUUAAGCUGGAGUGGAGCUCUCCGUGGGCAGUCAUCCCUGUGUUUGUUGCAGUCAUUGGGAUCAUGGCCACUUUGUUUGUGGUGGUCACAUUCGUUCGCUACAAUGACACUCCAAUUGUGAAAGCAUCAGGCCGGGAGCUAAGCUAUGUCCUGCUAACUGGCAUUUUUCUCUGCUAUGCCACAACGUUCCUGAUGAUCUCUGCCCCUGAUGUCGUAAUCUGCUCCCUUCGUCGGAUCUUCUUGGGUCUGGGAAUGAGCAUUAGUUAUGCUGCUCUGCUUACCAAAACCAAUCGUAUUUACCGCAUCUUCGAGCAGGGUAGUAUGUCUGUGAGCGCACCAAAGUUCAUUUCUCCAGCCUCACAGCUAGUCAUCACGUUCACCCUGGCCUCGGUGCAGCUGGUCGGGGUGUGCAUCUGGUUUGUUGUGGAUCCCUCCAAAGCUAUUAUUGACUAUGAGGACCAGAGAACCUCUAACCCAGCGCUAGCUCGUGGUGUGCUCAAGUGUGACAUCUCUGACCUGUCCCUCAUCUGCCUGCUUGGCUAUAGUAUGCUGCUCAUGGUCACCUGCACAGUGUAUGCCAUUAAAACCAGAGGGGUGCCGGAGACCUUCAAUGAGGCCAAACCAAUUGGUUUUACUAUGUACACCACCUGCAUUAUUUGGCUAGCAUUCAUCCCAAUCUUCUUUGGCACAUCACAAUCAACAGAAAAGAUGUACAUUCAAACAACCACGCUGACGAUCUCUGUGAGCCUGAGUGCUUCAGUGUCCCUCGGGUUGCUCUACAUGCCCAAGGUCUAUGUGGUUCUUUUCCACCCUGAGCAGAAUGUGCCUAAGCGCACACGGACCCUCAAGGCUGUGGUUACUGCUGCCACCAUGUCCAACAAGUUCAACCCCAAGGCUGGACUCAGACCCAACGGAGAAGCCAAGACCGAGCUGUGCGAAAGCCUCGAAACACAGUCGUUUUCGACAAAGCAAACCUACAUCAGCUACAGCAACCAUGCAAUCUGAAGGACAAAGGUUGUUAUCACGAUUCAGGAUUUCCGUCCCAGCAAAGAAAACAAAACAUGCAGUGGAAUUUCAAGCAUCCGGCAAAAAUAAAUAAAGUCAAACAAAUUAAAUAGAUAUGUCUUUUUUGCGGGUGGAGAUCAGAGAAAUAUUGCACAAAGACGCGACAUUGUGUGGAAAGAGCACAUGAGAUGCAGGGAUGGACAAAACUUGGGACCAGAACAGAUAACAGCACAAUUUUAAGGUUCUAUCUUUGGUCUGCCUCACAAGAAUACAUACAUAAAAGAAAAAUGAAAAUAUUUGCAUGGCAGAGGCCUAUAGACUGAAGGAUGGAGCUUUCCUUUUCUGUGUUUACAUUUCAGCUAUGCCCUCUUUUAAAGACUUCUCUGUCAUCUUUCGCAGCACUGACUGAAACUGAACUACGAGUAAGAAUAUGUUCAGGUUCUUAAUGUCGUCUGCCAGUUUUGUGAAUUAUAAUUAAUCUUCAAAUCCUCAAGGCAUCACAAGGGAUUAAUCAACACCAAAAAGGCAUGAAAACAUGGUCUAUGGAUCUCUGACAGGGGCUUGUGUUUGUUUUUAUUUCUAAAUGUGUUCUGGUCUCGUGAGUCAAAUGACUGGAAAUAUUGAUCGUCACAACAAUGCAACAGAUCUUUACCAGACUCCAUGAAUUUUGAUUUCCUCUUCCAAGUUGCCGAUGAGUUAAUAAGAAUGACUACACAUAUAAAAUGGUCUCUGCCGAUUUUGAGCAUGCCAGUUUUAACAUCCUGUGUUGUGUUGUUUAAAAAAAACAAAAGGAAAAAAAAGGAAUGCGUUUAAACUCUGUUGCAGUGUUGUUAAAAAUUGUUUGGGCCUAUUGUACGUUAAAAACUGUUCUCAAAUGGUGAAGGUCUAGUGAGUGAUUGUUUAUCUGUGCUACAGUAAGGCCAUGAUUUGUAUUACCAGCUAGCCCAAGGCUGCCACUGCCCUCUGCAUAUCUGUAUGUGCUUUGAAACAGUGGCUCAUGGUUAAAAUAAACAGUGUUUUAGCCAGGAGAUCUCACUGUGAGCUGUUAUCCAGGAUGACCCUACCACCACUGCCACCAGCUAUUCUCACACAUUCAUAGUGUAAGAGUAAAGCUUAGCUGUACAGAUCCAUUAGUAGGGGAAUUAAGAUGAAGUAUGCCCUUGAGAGGAUCAUGCAAUAUACCCUGAAGGUGAUAUCCAUAAUGGACCAGCUACUGAAAAAAAAAAAUCAUGUCCUCUUCAGGCACUCUUGUGAUAAGGAGGAGGUGUCAGGAAGUUGUAAGGCAUUUUAGCAAAUGAAAUUCUAAUUGCAAAACUAUACAAUAUCUCUAUCAAUCACUCCGAGUUGGCAGAACAGAUUAAGGGUUGGCUUCGUGCAGUAUAAAAGCCCUCUAUUGUCUUGGGGAAAAUAUUGUGGGGUCAUUUGUGUUGUGAAUUCAAUGCUGCUUUUCAUGCCUCCCUCUGUAUUACUUUCAACACCAUUUGUGUUGCAGAAUAAAAUGUGAGUGCUGACCAAAUUAAAUGGUAAGUUAAUGUAUGUUAUUAAAUAGAUUGAUGAUGUCUGCUUUAUGUCCUGACAUAUCUUAAAAUUGGGGAAAAAAUACAAAAGGAUACAGUGCCUGGCUAGCUAUGUAUUUGUUAAACCUCAUGAAAACUAAUGAAGUGUG